CAAGCCAAGCUAGCACUUGCUCUCUCACUCAUAUCAUUAGUCAUUACCCGCACUGAAAACCUUAGUGCUGCUACCUAGCUUCCUGUGUAGCUCGAGGGAGAGAGAAUCCAACGAGCGCGAGCAAUGGCGAAGCCGCAGCAGGAGGUCUACUUCGUCUUCAUGAACUUCGACCCUGUCUACGAGCGCCUAAGGGCCGAUCGGACGAAGCAGGGGUCGGCGACGCUGGACGCGUACCUGAGCCAGAAGCACGAUAAGCUCCUCGCCAAGCUCCUCCAGCCCGACACCUACUGGAAGAAGUCCUCGCUGGCCAUCGUCGACGGAUUCGCCGUCGAGAUCACCGACGCUCAGGCCAGCGUGCUGAGGUCGGCCAAGGAGGUGAGGGUGGUGGAGAAGAACCAGGAGCUUGCUUGACCAGCCAACAUCCAGGCGAAGUUAUAAGCAUAAUCAUUUAGAUGCUUUGAGCAUCUGCCAUAGCUAUGGAAGCUUGGUUUAUUAUAAGCUAAGGCCGGAGUACGUUGAUCAGUUGCUACUAGUCAAUUGCUUUUGCGGCGUAAGUGUAUCGAUCGGUGUGUGUUUUUGUGUGAUCUCCCAUGGCUUUGUUGACUCUAGUGUCAGCUCAAGCUUAGCUACUAUCUUUAUAUACCACGUACUACUACUUAAUUAGCACUAGCCGCAGUAAUAUAGAUAUAUAAAGUUCUUCAUCGAUCGAUCUUACUAGCUAGGGUCUACUGAUAUUCAGAGGACGACUUUGAAGAUUGAACCCUGCAAUGUAAUGGUGAUUAUAAAUGAAUGAGCAAUUAGUCAAAAAAGAAUCUGUGUAGCGGUAGUAUUUUAUAAGCUCAUGCGUG